AUGAUGAGUAACCACUCCGGUGCCACUGAGUUCUGUCUGCUUGGCUUCCCUGGCUCCCCAGGCCUGCACCUGGCUCUGUUUGUCAUCUUCUUCUCCUUCUACUCAGUGACAUUCAUGGGAAACACGGUCAUCAUCUUAAUCGUCUGUGUUGACAAACGCCUGCAGUCCCCCAUGUAUUUCUUCCUUGCCCACCUCUCCACCUUGGAGAUCUUGAUCACAUCCAUCAUCGUCCCCGUGAUGCUCUGGGGCCUGCUGCUCCCGGGGGUGCACACUCUCUCCCUGACUGCAUGCAUCGCCCAGCUCUUCCUAUACCUGGCCGUGGGGACCACAGAGUUUGCCCUGUUGGGGGCGAUGGCAGUGGACCGCUACGUGGCCGUCUGCAACCCUCUGAGGUACAACAUCAUCAUGAGCAGCCGCACCUGCGUCUGGGUGGUGGUCCUGUCCUGGCUGUUUGGGUUCCUUUCCGAAAUCUGGCCUGUCUAUGCCACCUUCCAGCUGACCUUCUGCAAAUCCAACGUGCUGGACCACUUCUACUGUGACCGAGGUCAGCUGCUCAAACUCUCCUGCGACGACACUCUUUUCACAGAGCUGGUGCUCUUCGUCAUGGCGGUUGUCAUCAUCCUCGGCUCUCUGGCACCAACGAUCGUCUCCUACACCUACAUCAUCGCCACCAUCUUCAAGAUCCCCACAGCCUCUGGCCGGAGGAAAGCCUUCUCCACCUGCGCCUCUCACUUCACCUUUGUCGUCAUCGGCUAUGGCAGCUGUCUGUUCCUCUAUGUCAAGCCCAAGCAGACACAGGCCGCCGAGUACAACAAAAUCGUCUCCUUGCUGAUUUCUGUGGUCACCCCUUUCCUGAACCCUUUCAUCUUCACUCUCCGGAAUGACAAGGUCAAAGAGGCCCUCCGAGACAGCCUGAAACGUUGCUGUCAGCUCUUCAAGGACUAA